GGUGCAUGCAACGUUCCCUACCCUGAACCUUUACCAGGUACGCAGUAGUUGACCUUACCGUUUAGCUCGUCGACCGCCCCUCGACAGGGCGAAUGGGAUGCGCAGAUUCCAGCAUGACGGUGCCAUUCUGGUGCUGGCUUUCUCAUGGCUGUCCUGGGCGGCGCGAAUGUGCCUACGUCCAGUUUACCCCGCCAGCAGCAACCACUGCUGUGUGCUAGGAUAGUAUCGACGGCGAUGCUAUAAGACGGCCCUGUCCCUGGCAGCGACGCCACGGUGACCACCCAAGGGGUCACUCGCCAUCCUUCCCCCCUCCCCCGCUCCAAGCAGCAGUAGCAGUAGCCUGUCCUCAUCAGCCAGUUGCACCAGCCAUGACGAGAGUAGACGCCGCGCUACUGUUGCUGGCCGUCGCUGCGGCACCGGCCGUCCUGGCCGCUCCUCCGCUCCUCGUCGGCCGCGCGCCCAACCCGCCCACGGCGCUCCCGCAGCGCGCCACGGCCAACGACCUGCGCUGGCAGCCCUCGCUCGACUUCGACACGGACGGCUGCUACAACGUGCCGGCCAUCGACGCGCAGGGCAAUAUCGUCCAGGGGCUGCCGCACGACUUCACCGGCCUGUCCAGCGACUGCCACGACCUGUCCGACCUCGACAACAACAACGUCUACUCGCGCCAGCGCUGCAACAACGGCUGGUGCAUCUACCUGUACGGCUACUACUUCGAGAAGGACGUGGCCAUCCCGGACUUCAUCGACCCGGGCCACACGCACGACUGGGAGCACAUCGCCGUGUGGGUCAGCGACGCCACCGGCAAGGCCGAGUACGUGGCCGCCUCGCAGCACGGCAACUACGAGGUCAGGGCCGCGGCCGACGUGCGCUGGGACGGCGAGCACCCCAAGAUGGUGUACCACAAGGACGGCCUCAGCACCCACUGCUUCCGCUUCGCCAACGCGGACGACGACAAGAUCGAGAACGCCAAGGGCGUGUGGUUCCGCGGCGCCCUCGUCUCGUACAACGGCUUCCCGUCCACCGCCCUGCGCGACGAGCUGUUCGCCCACGACUUCGGCGAGGCCACCAUCGACUUCAAGGAUGCGACCUUCCCGGGCGCCAUCGGCCGCGCCAAGCCCUCGCAGAUUACCGUCUUCGAUCCGAAUCUUGAUGUCGGGUCGCCGGGCACGCCUUGAAGGGUCGCCGUGAAGGGACGCUUGUGAUGUUGGGGAGGGAGCUGUCGAGUCCAGUAUUGAUACCCAUCAUGAUAAAUAUGCAAUGUUUUGGCUUGUUUUUUCAGAUGCAGUGCUCGUGUAGGGGAUGGGGUUUUGAGCGCGGUGGCCAAGGUGGGUUGUCUCAUGCACUACAUAGACAAUCCACCUCGUCAAUACU